AUGCCGAGGGUUGUGGAUGAGAAGAGUCAAGAAGAGCAAAGAAUAUUCACCAGUACAGCAUCCUAUCAAUUAAUGGUCGUGGAUCAGCUGGCCGCAUGCAUGUACUUGUGGAACUGGCGAAAGCAAAGAGACAUCCGUCGAAGUUUUGCAGAAAUCAAAAAAAGAGGAAUAAAGAUUCGUUACAUAUGCAUCCAAAAUAUGGAAAAGGAAGGCUUCAAGACGAAGACGAUCCUCGCUCAGCUGCUGCGCUUUCACUAUUUCAUCGAUCACAUUUGGGCAGUUUUGAUCAGAUGCGAACCAACAAUACAGUGGCUUUACUUCGCUACAUCAUAUCCUGUACAGAAAAAUACGCUGUAUUUGGAAACUGGGAGUUCUUGA